GUCUCUGUCCUUCGAAAUUGUGAAAUGAAAAUAAGGAUUCAGUUUGAGAGCCCGAAGUUUUUUGUUUAUUUCAAUUUUCAAUUUUCUGCAAUUUUUUAAUUAAAUUUAAUGGCUGAAUGGUAAAAACCGGACAAGCGGCUCGAUCGGUUAACCGCCUCGACCGCUAAAUAAAACCGGAGCGACUUUUAGACGGUUUCAAGCCGGUUUUGUGACCGGGUGGCGGUUUUACCGGUCGGACCGAGCGGCUCGACUUGGCUUUAAUAACACUGAUUUUAAGAAAGAAUAUCCACAACAACCAAUGCCUGGAACAAUAAUACCAUUUGAUAACGAUUACAAAAAUUCAAAGAAAUAUCCCAACCUUCCAUUAUAGUUCAUAAAACAAAAGCUAACGCUUUCAAUUAAUCCUCCGCAUAAAGCACGCAAGCAAAAGCACCCUACCAAAACCGUUGCUUUAACAGUAUAAAGCCCCAUUAAACUAUACACACAGCUACACACAUAACAAAAUUAAGUCACUUAAUUAAAUCGUUCGACACCUAAUAAGAUUCGACGCCAUCGGUCGACGCCUCAACUUUCCUUUGCAAUAUAAAACACCACUAACUCAAACGACUCCUCAAACCAUAGCUAACAAGUAACAUCGAAUCCACACCCAACCCGAAAACCGGGGAAAAAAAAAAAAACAUGACGAUUUCGUCACAACUCGCCGCUCUAAUUGCCGUCUCCUUCCUCCUCCUACUACUCCACCCCUCGGUCGCGAAUUCGAACCUCAUCGCGAAAACUUGCAAGAAGACUCCCGACUUCACCCUCUGCCUGUCGUCCCUCUCCGCCGUGGCUGCUCGAGCCACGACGGUCAGGGAACUGGCGCUCGCGAUGAUCCACGUGGUCGAGGCCAAGGCGAUGACGACGCGUCGUCACAUCAAGGAGCGUAUCAGGGCGGCGUCGUUUCGUGGCGGUGAGGAAGCCGCUCUCAAGGCUUGCGACUUCUACUACGGGAUUAUUAUCGACUAUGACGUCCCCGGGGCGGUGACGGAAGUGAGAUAUGCGAAUCCGAAGUUUGGGGUGGACUCGAUGGUGGAUUCCGCGAGAGAGGCUGGAUUGUGUGAGGAGCAAUUUCGCGGGAUAGGUAGGUCGCCGUUGACCGGCGAGAAUGUGGCCGUCCGGCGACUUGCCGAUGUGGCGGUGGCCAUCAUUAAGAAUGUUCGCUGAUAUGCAAAAAGAGUUGUAGAUUUUGAUCAUGUUUAAAAUUUGUUAUGGUUUUUAAUUUUUAUAACGCAAAUAAAAUUGGUUCGUCUGUACAUAUGAUCAUGGGUAAUUUCUUUCACAAUGGAUGCAUCUUUCAACACAUGGACCACUUAAUCACAAUUCAUAUUAUUAUUAAUAAAAAAACUAGAGUAUUAUAGUACUGAUCAAUGCAACAAAUAAAUUAUUCCAAUGGACACACCAGCUGCGAGACGAAUUAUAAUUUGCCGAAAAUCAUUAACGCGAUGCCUCGUGGAAUGGCAUUGGCUGUGAUGGUGCUGAUCUCUAUCAAAGCCAAUGUCUCGUCGUUGCGGCGGGCCGAGCUGGUCCUCGGAUCCGACGAGAGAGACGAGAGGCAGAGAGCGUUGUCGUCGGUUCUCUUGCAGGUUUGAAUCAACAAUGGUGUUGGAACCGCAAUUGCGAGUGAAAGAAAGAUGGGAAGGAAAAAGAUAAGAGUGAAAGUGAAAAUAAUGGAGGUUGAGUUAUUCAUUUUAACUAGCCUAUAGCCCGGCCCGUUGGCCGCAUUUGUUUAAGGAAAUGGAGUUACAAUAUCUAUAAUGAUAGUGUCGAGAAAUGAGUCUUUGUUUUAUAUUAUCAUAAGAUUGUUGCAAUUUUGCAAUUCGUUGAAGACGAACAUGUAAUAUGAAUGAACAUUCAUAAUAAGU